UUCCUCGCCAACCAAACGCGUUUCCGGCCCUACUCUAUUCGUCUUGAGUGGCAAACUGGAAGGCGCAGCAGCUGAGUUGCCAACAGCACAACCCCACCUUUUCCAUAGCGCAACCACCGGCAUUAGUACAUAAGGCCGAAGGACGAGGACACCCGGCUCGAGCAUGACGGGGGCGCACGCCUGGUUGCGGCACGGCCUCUGAUGACUGUCUGGUGCAAGUGCGCGAUUUCCACAUAUUGCCAGAUCCCGCUCCUAUGUAACCCGGCGAGCGAUUGAAACCCCACGUAGCGAUUUCAAAUUUGUCACCUCUUGUUAAGUUGUCACAUCUUUCCGCCACACUGCGUCCCUUAUAUUGAGUGCGCUUGCAGAUACCACCAGACCUUUUGUUGAUUUUCUUCGUUUUACAAACAUCACAAUGUCCGGCGACAUGGAGACGUGCAUGAUAUUCGUCGACGACUCCAACGUCUGGAUCGAGGCGCAAAAGUUCGCGGCGUCGGGCAACAGCCACAUGCCCAAGUUGCAAGACAGCGACCGCGACCCGCGUCUCCGCAUCGACAUUGGAAAGUUGGUCGGGAGGCUCCUGCGCAACCGUACCCAGGGCGGAUCGUUCCUCUACGGCUCCCGCCCACCACCCAAUGACUCGGUGUGGAAGGCCUUCGAGAAGAAGAAGUUCGAGACCAGCAUCUACGACCGCGCCUACAACGGCAAGGAAAAGGGGGUCGACAACGCCAUGUCGGUCGAGAUGACUGAUAAAGCUACAGAGUUGCGGGUGGAGGCUAAGUACACGGCUCAGACGGCUGCUGAGAAGGACAAGACUACUUUUGUCGUCAUUACGGGUGACCGCGACAUGAUGCCCGCCGUCGAGCGCGUGCUCAAGUGCAAGAUCCGCGUCGAGCUGUGGGGCUGGAGGUCGGGCAUUUCGCAGGCAUACCUGGACCUGGCGGCCACUGACGGCCUACUAUCGGUGUACCUGCUGGAUUCAAUAUUCGAAGACAUCUGCUUCACCGCGUACCGCUCCACGCGCAAGGUCCAGAGCGUUGUCGGUGGUAAGACGAUGGUGCUCCGCAAUGUCGACGAGAGCGGUGAGGAAGCUAUCUGCGAUCGGCUGCUCGAAACCAGGCAAUUGUUCUGGAAGACGCGGUGGGACGGGGAGGCGGACCUGUGCAUCGAGUUUCCCUACGUCGGCCAGAUGGAAAGACUGAUUCUCCGGGCCCGGCAGCUUCUACCUGACGUUACCAUCCUGUCGUGGCCCGAGUAUAGAGCCCGUUUCUACAACAAGGACCCCACGGAGGACGUGAAGACCGUCAAUAUGUAUAAGCUAUUGGAUCCGGAUUUUGUUGCGGAGGACGAGCAAGGUGGUGCUAAGAUUGAAGAGCGGCUGCAGAAUCCGACGUUCAAGAACGCGACUGAAAACGCCAGCGGCAACAUAAGCGGCAACGCAAGCGGCAACACCAACAGCACUGGCAGCGGUUACAACAGUGGCAACGCCAGCGCCGACGCCAGUGGAAACAUCAACAGUGCCAAUGACCGAGACACCGGCGACGACAGCGACGGGGGCGGCUGGGAAACCGUGGUCAACAACACCGACGCGGGAAAGCGCCACCGCCGCGUUGUCGACCAGCAACAGGACUGCCCCUACGGCCUGCGGUGCAAGAAGCAGGACGACUGCGGCUACCGCCAUAGCGCGCGGGAGCGGCACCUGUUCCAGCAGAACCCGAACCGGAACCUCGGCAUGCGCAACACCCAGAUGUGUCGGUACGCUGCAAACUGCUGGCGCGGGCGGGACUGCCUCUACGCACACAGCGAGGCCGAAGCGAGGUGUCUGGACUGUAAGCAGACGGGCCAUUUCAGAGGCGACGCUGCCAAGUGUCUUUUGCAAACCUAAGCGUGCCGCCGGUGUGUAUUAGGGGCCCGGUGUAUGACGGUGCUUGACUUACCUUAGGCUUCAAUCGUUUUGCCCAUGUUGACCGACUUGGCCCUGUAACUUGGCGGAGGCACAGCAGAGCAACGGGAUAUUGCUACCUACAUACAAUUCUUGGAUAGUCUUACCUAUGAAAUAAGUUCCAUGUAUUGUUUCACACCUUUCCUAUAAGUGGACCCCAGUGUUAGCCGCG